UUGCUAUAUGUUUUUGCAGUUGCCUCGGACUAGUAUACUUAAAAUGUGUGAUUCCACACUCUGCAAUAUUAAAUGCAUUCGACAAAUGGAUAAUUUAUUAGCAGACGCAUAUACAUAAUCAGUUAAGAAACCGCUUCUCCACCUUCAGAUUGCAGCAGGCAUGUGGUGCUCAAUAGUUCAUAGAAGAACCUUACGCGCAAGCUCAGUCGGAUAUAUUAUGAUCAUUUUGGCGAUCCUAUUCCUAGUGCCAGUCAUAGAUGCAGCACGCUCAACUUCGAAUUCGCAAGAUGUUUCUGUGAUAUCUCAUGGCGACAUCAUACUGGGCGGUCUGUUCCCUGUCCAUGAAAAAGGGGAGCAGGACGGUACUCCUUGCGGUCCAAAAGUAUACAACCGCGGAGUGCAGAGGCUUGAGGCUAUGCUGUAUGCUGUGGACCGCGUGAAUAAUGACAGCAAUCUACUGCCGGGGAUAACGAUAGGCGUACAUAUACUUGACACCUGCUCCAGGGAUACAUACGCUUUAAAUCAGUCGCUUCAGUUUGUCCGAGCUUCCCUCAACAACUUGGAUACCUCCGCCUUCGAGUGCUCAGACACCUCUAGUCCGCAGCUAAGGAAAAAUUCAUCUUCUGGUCCUGUCUUUGGGGUGAUUGGGGGUUCCUAUAGCUCGGUAUCACUUCAGGUAGCUAAUUUACUGCGGCUGUUUCACAUUCCACAAAUCUCACCUGCGUCGACAGCAAAAACAUUAUCCGACAAGUCUAGAUUUGAUCUAUUUGCGAGGACUGUGCCGCCUGACACCUUUCAGUCAGUGGCCCUAGUUGACAUUAUUAAAAACUUGAACUGGUCAUAUGUAUCCACAAUUCACUCAGAGGGAUCCUAUGGUGAAUACGGAAUUGAAGCCUUUCACAAAGAGGCGACAGAACGGCACGUUUGCAUUGCUGCCGCUGAAAAGGUGCCGAGUGCGGCUGACGAUAAGGUGUUUGAUGCAAUUAUUAGCAAGCUGCAAAAGAAGCCAAACGCCCGUGGAGUGGUGCUUUUUACUCGGGCAGAAGACGCCCGACGAAUUCUGCAGGCAGCAAAGCGGGCCAAUUUGGGUCAACCGUUUCAUUGGAUCGCUAGCGACGGUUGGGGAAAGCAGCAAAAACUGUUAGAAGGUCUGGAAGAUAUUGCAGAGGGAGCCAUUACUGUUGAGUUACAGUCAGAGAUAAUUGAGGACUUUGACCGGUAUAUGAUGCAGCUGACUCCACAGACAAAUCAACGAAAUCCCUGGUUUGCCGAGUACUGGGAGGACACAUUUAACUGUGUGCUUACCUCCGAGUCUGAGUCUUCAAAUAUCAAUACUAAUGGUUCAAGCGUGGAUAACGAAAAGGUUAACACGCCAUGUGAGGAAAAUUUAAGGCUAUCGGAGAAAGUCGGAUAUGAGCAAGAGUCAAAGACUCAAUUUGUGGUAGACGCUGUUUACGCUUUCGCACACGCACUGCACAACUUGCACAACGACCGUUGCAUGCACCAAGACCAAGUCGAUCAGAGCCACCAGAAGCACCAGCAAAGCGAAUCCGUAUGGUUCCGCAAACCCGUGGACAGCAGUUCUCAAGCAUGUUCAGAUAUGGCAAACUAUGAUGGAAAAGACUUCUAUAACAACUAUCUGCUGAAUGUGUCUUUCAUCGAUUUGGCCGGAAGCGAAGUAAAGUUCGAUCGGCAAGGUGAUGGACUGGCGCGCUAUGACAUAUUGAACUACCAACGUCUGGACAACUCCUCAGGAUAUCAAUAUAAGGUUAUCGGAAAAUGGUUUAACAGCCUCGAAAUGAAUUUAGAAAGCAUUGUGUGGAACAACAAAGAGCUCGAUCAACCGACUUCAGCAUGCUCACUCCCAUGCGACGUUGGGAUGAUAAAAAAACAACAGGGGGAUACCUGCUGCUGGAUAUGCGAUAGCUGUGAGGCCUUCGAAUACGUUUAUGAUGAAUUUACUUGUAAGGACUGCGGCCCCGGACUCUGGCCAUACCCAGAUAAACUAUCCUGUUUUGGCUUGAGCAUUCAAUACAUGCGAUGGAACUCGCUGUUCGCCCUUGUCCCCAUGGCCAUUGCUAUAAUCGGCAUUUUGAUGACCAUUAUUGUGAUCGUUCUGUUUGCCAAGAAUCAUGACACUCCUCUCGUCCGAGCAUCCGGACGUGAACUUAGCUAUACCCUUCUUUUUGGAAUUUUGGUCUGCUACUGCAAUACUUUUGCUCUUAUCGCCAAGCCGACAAUUGGAUCUUGUGUGCUGCAGCGCUUUGGCAUCGGUGUUGGGUUCUCUAUUAUCUAUAGUGCACUGCUGACAAAAACCAAUCGCAUCUCACGAAUCUUCCAUUCCGCGUCGAAGUCGGCGCAACGGCUGAAGUACAUAAGCCCGCAAUCACAGGUAGUAAUCACAUCAACUCUAAUUGCAAUCCAGGUGUUAAUAACCAUGAUUUGGAUGAUUGUCGAACCUCCCGGUACACGUUUUUAUUAUCCCGAUCGCAGUGAAGUUAUACUCAAAUGCAAGAUUCAGGAUAUGUCAUUUCUAUUUUCCCAGUUAUAUAAUAUGAUUUUGAUCACGAUCUGCACCGUCUAUGCCAUAAAGACCCGUAAAAUUCCUGAAAAUUUCAACGAGUCAAAGUUUAUAGGCUUCACUAUGUACACUACAUGUAUAAUUUGGUUAGCUUUUGUCCCCAUCUACUUUGGCACUGGAAAUUCCUAUGAGAUACAAAUUACAACGUUAUGCAUCUCAAUCAGUCUCAGUGCAUCUGUAGCACUGGUCUGUCUUUAUUCGCCCAAGGUGUACAUCCUAGUCUUCCAUCCUGAUAAGAAUGUCCGGAAACUUACGAUGAACAGCACAGUAUAUCGGCGUUCAGCAACGACGGGGGCCCACGGUGGUGUACCGACUAGUUCCGGAUACAGUCGCACUCAAGGUGCAGGCAAUGUAACGCCAGCAGCCGCGGGCGCAGCAACGGUAACUGCCACCCCAAGCGAGCGACCAUCCCCUUCGCAAAAUGAGAGUCGGGACAGUCCGACCACCAGUCGCGACCAAGCGGCUGUCGUGCAUAAUGGCAACGAUGGAGAUAUUGGCUUAAUCGGUGGUACUGGCAGGGGCGAAUGCGAUUUCUCUGGCGAUUCAGUCCGCAUUAAAACUGAGGAUGAAGGGAACUCGUGAACUCAACAAGUGGUUUGGUCACAUUAAGGAAUAUGAAGCUUUAUCUGUUGCUAAAUAUGUAUAAGUCGAUGGACAACCCUCUAAGUUUAAGAGAUGGAAAACCCCGUAUUCUUAGUCAGAACUAGAUGGGCUAAAAUGAACCUAGUUAAACUAGUUUAAGAUCAAGUUAUAUCUACAUUCUUUAGAAAAACAGCACGGAAGCCCACCUCACCAUCAGGAGAACUAUCAAAUGCAAUAUCAUUGUCGUUCACUAGAAGUUUUCAAUCAAUAGAAUAAUUAGUUAAUUGUUGAGUUGAAAUUAUUUCUAUGCAUGGGUAAUUCAAUAGUUAGCACUAAUAAUAUAAAAAGGACAAAGGUCUUGAAUCGAGGUGGAUUUUCUUUAAAUUUCCUUUGUUACGGUCAUAUAAAGCUCCAAAAACCGUUCAUCACAACAUCCCAGAAAAUCUGUGACGAGCAAACGAAUGAGAAAAUCUUUUCGAAGAGAUAAUAUUCGACCAAAUUAAAUAUGUAUUAAAUAUUUCUAAAUAUUCUAAACUAUAUAAAAUCUAUUUAGCCUGCACCGUAGCUGUGGGCAAUAAAUAACUACAUACAUAUAUACACAUACCCAGAGAUCCCUAUCCUGUUGUGUCAUUUAUGCAGUUAGCAUUAGCCGUAGUUUACCCACCUAAUAGUUCAUACAGGCGAGAGGCUAGUAUUAAAGCCAAGCAGCACUUAACAUUUUUCAAAACCAUGAAACUGUGCUUGGUAAAAUCUCAACUCCAAUCGUUAUUAACACAUCUAAAAACAAAAUAUAGUCAAGAUAUGCACCGCACUAAAAUGAAUGGGCAUUCGCAUUUAUCCCAAGGUCCAGGUUCUAAAAUUUUAAAUAAAACCCUGUAUUUCGACAUCAAGAAUUCUUACAAGCUUACAAAAUAUAACAUACCUAUGUAUAAAAUACAAUUUCUGCGGAGUUAAGGUCAAAGCUUUUAGAAUAAAUUGUGUGUACACUUACCAUUAUAAAACCGAAGUUUUGGUCUCCGUGAAUAUUCGUAUCAUUUUAAUUUUUAAAGUAUAAAAUAAAAAAUACAAAAAUCAUAAA